UGAAAAAGCGAAAAGAAAGAAAAAGAAAAUGGACAACGAGCAGAACCAAGACCGUGCCCCAGAGCCUCCAGCAAAGCGCAAGUGCGUGCGCUCAGAGGAAACUGAGCGCCAGGAGACUUUGGAGCAGAUUGCCGUUCUGCGUGCUACCUUUGCUGAAGAGGUAGAGGUGCUGAAGCGUGGCCUGGCCAAAAUCUCCAUGGAAAAGGCUAUGCUGCUGGCCUCCUCGGCCAGGGUGGAGGCCAUGAUCAAUCAGAUUAACACCAUCACGCCCAGCUUAACCAAGAGCGUUGAUCUAUUGAUUCAGCAGAGUCAGCUGAUUAGCGCCCAGGUAGGCCAAGGCAUUCGUCCGCUAAGCGGCGGUACCAUUGCUAAAAUGGUAAUGCUUCAGGUGCAGCUAGCCAGAAAGGAGCAGCUGGUGCAGGAGUUGCGCGACAAGCUAGAGAUGCAUGCUGCCACCAUAAAUCGGCUGCAGGAGGCCUUCACCAGGGACACUGAGAAGGAGAUAAAUACUCGUCGCGAAAUGGAGCGCACCGUGGAUGCAAUGCUGCGCUCCAUUGACGCCAAUAUGACUUGUGCGAUCUGUCUCUCGGAGUGGAGCAAGCUCGGCGAGCAUCCCGUCGUCUCGCUGCCUUGCGCCCAUAUCUUUGGCGAAGAGUGCGCCUACGCCAGUCUGAAGGCCUAUCAGCACUGCCCAAUGUGCCGCAACCCGUGCACAACUGCCGACAUCAAGCGCGUCUACAUGGAGGCCGAAUAGGCCCACUCGCACACCCACUCAUUGAAAGCAACACCCCAUCAAGCAACUAUGAACACUCGAGUUUAUAAUGUAUUUCAUUUCAGACAAGCCAGACAACAAAAUCAUUGUAUAACACUUGCGUGUGACACGCGUGUGGCUUAGACAAGCAGCUAAACAAACAGAAAAUCAGAAGACAAAAAAUUAACAUACACACACACAAGAAUCAGCACACAUACAGAAAAAAGAAAAACUUUCAAGUCUAAGUCACACACGCGCUCACACGCAAAAAAUCAGCACAUAAAACACCAAAAUCUAACUCACAUACGCAAAAAAUCAGCGCACAUACACAUACACAUCAGCACAACGAACAUAUGUAACUAAUAAAGAAAUGAAAACAUUCUAGAAA